AUGAGUGACGACGACGAUUUUAUGCUUGAAGAUGAAGAGGAGGACUACGACUUUGAUUAUGAAGAUGACGAAGAAGAGGAACCUGACGUUGAUUUAGAAAAUAAAUACUAUAAUGCUAAAGCAAGGAAGGAGGAUGAUCCAAAAGAAGCCUUGAUAGAGUUUCAAAGUGUUGUUGAUACAGAAGAAACAAAGGGAGAUUGGGGGUUUAAAUCCUUAAAGCAAAUGAUUAAGAUAUCCUUUCAACAAAACAACUUUGAUGACACUUUGAAAUAUUACCGCGAAUUAUUGACCUACAUAAAAACAGCAGUGACAAGAAAUUACAGUGAGAAGAGUAUCAACAAUAUUUUGGAUAAUGUAUCAUUAGCAGACAACAUGUCAUUUAUGGAAAAAUUCUAUGAAAUUACGCUGGAAUCAUUAGCAGAGAAUAAAAAUGAAAGAUUAUGGGUCAAGACUAAUUUGAAACUAGCGAAACUUUGGUUGGAUCGAAAGGAAUAUGGAAGGCUAACUAAAAUUAUAAGACAACUUCAUGCCGCCUGUCAAAAGGAUGACGGAACAGAUGAUCAAAGAAAAGGCACGCAUUUACUUGAAGUUUUAGCUCUUGAAAUUCAAAUGUACACAGAAACAAAGAAUAACAAGAAGUUAAAGGAAUUAUAUCAACAAUGCCUUUCUGUUAAAUCAGCCAUUCCUCAUCCUCGAAUUAUGGGUGUUAUCCGUGAAUGUGGCGGAAAAAUGCACAUGAGUGAAAAAAAAUGGGAUGACGCUCAGACUGACUUUUUUGAGUCCUUCAAAAAUUAUGAUGAAGCUGGUAGCCCUCAGCGUAUUCAGGUCUUAAAGUAUCUUGUUCUUGCAAACAUGCUUACUGAAUCUCAAAUCAAUCCAUUUGACUCUCAGGAAACUAAACCAUACAAGAACGACAAGGAGAUUGAAGCCAUGACCAACUUAGUUAGCGCUUAUCAAAAGAAGGAAAUUAAUGAGUUUGAGCACAUAUUGAAAGUCAACCAAAAUUCGAUUAUGGGAGAUCCUUUUAUUCGUGCCUAUAUUGAUGACGUACUGAGAAACAUUCGCACACAAGUGCUUAUCAAACUGAUUAAGCCAUACACAAGUAUAGAGAUUACAUUUAUUUCUAAACAAUUAAAUAUACCCACUGACGAUGUGGAGGAACUUCUGGUUGGAUUAAUUUUGGAUGAAAGAAUCUCUGGCCAAAUUGAUCAGGUUUAUAGCAGAUUAGUAUUGGACCGAAGGUCUACGGACGCAUACAAAUAUGAGGCAUUGGACACAUGGUCUAAUAAUGUAUCGCUCCUAUGUAAAACUGUCAUUGGAAAAGCGACUUAA